UCAACUCGCUACCCCUUGUCUUCAUGUAUAAAAGGGAAAGGAAGUUCCACAACUCAAUAGUUACGGUGACAAGAAACCACAUACAUGCAGCUUAGUAAAUUCGAAUAUGCUUCCUCACGUGUUGAAAACGCUCUUAUGUUGUAUGCUCAGCACAACAGCGUUUGCUCAAUCCCAAUUCUACUGGCCCGCGAAACCUAUAGCUCAACGCCACGGUUCGUUACACCAACCCGUAAAGUAAACACGGCCAUCGCUGAUUCGUGGCAGUAACGAAUGAAACGAUCCCUACCAAAUGGGCCGCCGUUAUCUUCGAGGCUUUCCUGAUGCAAGACCUGAUUGGAAUUCUUGACCCCUUGCAGAUUGUCGCGCACCAGCAACAUCUUGAACUGUCCAUUCUCGCCGAGACGCUAGAUCCCGUGACGACGAAGCCCGCGAGCGUAGCCAUGAAUGCUUACAACUCGACUUGGUGGCCAACGAUUGUGCCGACGCACACAUUCGCCACGGCGCCCGAGGACAUCGAGGUCCUGAUCAUCCCCGGAGGACCGGGAGUGAGAAGCCCCAACGUCACAACGAUCACAGACUUCAUUGCCGCACGUUACCCAAGCUUGAAGUAUCUGAUCACAGUAUGCACGGGUGCAGGCCUUGCGGCGAGGUCGGGCGUCCUGGACGGUAGGAGGGCGACAACGAACAAGGCAGCCUGGAGUACUAUGACGGCUUACGGGCCGAACACGACAUGGGUCAGCCCCGCGAGGUGGGUUGUCGACGGAAAUAUAUGGACUUCAUCAGGCGGUACUGCUGGGCUCGAUCUUGUGUUUCCCCUCAUUGAACACCUCUGGGGCACACAGAUGUCAGACUACGUACAGGGCCUUGUGGAAUACGUCCCACAUCCCCAAGACUUCGAUCCAUUUGCUGCGCGGUUCAACAUCACACCUACUGGCGCCAUUUCUGAGGACUCUGGUCCGAUUCUUACUGCCGGGUAGGAAUCACGCUGAGUCUUCACCUUUGAAGAAUAGUCUGCGUGGCAAAGAGGCAAAAGUCGAUGCAACACAAGUUCCUGUCUAGUAUUUUAAGUCAAAUCAAGGACAUAGUUUUGUUUAACACUAUCCAAGGUCU